UCGGUGCAUGGGUUCUGUUCUGGUAAAACAUCAUCGAUACUCAAGUGUAUGGACUUGAGACAUACAUACAUGGCGUACUCAUUUCCGUGCGCUUUUGGCUAUCUGCCUCUUGUUGUCAUAUUAUCCCCUUUUUCCUGUUGUUUUGUGGUCGCGGGUCUGUUAUGAUUCGUGUAGGUAUCUGCUGUAGUUGUUCCGAUCCCAUUGCUUGGAUACCUUGGGAUGUACAGGUCAAAUACAGAAUAAGCUUGUAUAAUGCAUGCCUCGAAAUCGUAUUCGAACGCGAAACCCGCCUUAAUAUCGUCUUUCGUCGCUUCCUCAGAAAAGACGAUUUUAUAGGUCUGCCUAGGGGAGACAAGAAACCUCGCCAAUCCGACCUUUGCGCCACCGCCACGACUCCCACGAGGCAGCGGAGGAGCCCAGUGGCCACGGCGCCGAGUAACCUUACCCCAGCCCCUCUGACAGGUGCAGAGCAGACUGAAUUAUUUUGUCGGUUCCCGGACGUUUGUUGUUUUUUCUCAACUGGGAUUGCCACCAUGUCAACCAUACCAAUGCAUGGUGCUCCGCAAGAUGCUCAGUCACAGACCUCCAAACGUCCCAGCGAUGCGGCCUUGGAGUCAUCCCCCAAACGCCGCAAGACACUUUAUCAGGAGGCCGAGGAAGAGGCUUCAGCUCUCGCGAUUCAACUUCAAGACACGAUCAUAUCCUUAGCUGCCACGUUCACAUUGCUACAGAAACUCCAUGUUAAUACGACCGAGGCCGAAGGCACAAUUCACUGUUGGGAGCUGGUGUUGAAGGAUGCUAUCGCUGGAGAGAAGAGGUUUGGCAAGGCAAUGCAGAUGGUGUUGGAUUUACGUAUAGACAUCCCGGCCAAUUACCCGCAUCAAACAAAGCUAUCACUUGAACGUGCCAAUGCCGAAUUUGAAAAGUUCUCUCGUCUAUUCAAGCGAGUGCUCAACUCCCUCCCUCCGCCAUCGGAGUUCGCCAGACCGAGUGUAUGGCCAACUGUACAAUCCUCAAGUGCCGGUAUCUUCUGUCUGCGUCCCACUGACAACAGAGGUCUUCCGAUAUGCACCCUUCACGAUGUUUUCCGCCGUUUUCUAGUCCGACUUCAUGAACCGCUUCCACCACCAUCAGCCACCAACAGACACAAUAAGCGUGUCGCGGGUGCCUCCAUCCGUGCCACCGCAAUGUUGUGCAGGGAAAUGGGAGACGCGUUUUACAGCCAGGGCGAACGCUCAGAAUAUUUUGACGAAUGUGUUCAGGAACUGCUUCCUGGUGCAGUGCCUAAUCAGUCGUUCAAUCCAUCUUCGGAUGUCUCCAGCUGCCAGGUGGAUCUAGUGUGGUUCGGGCCCAACGGCGUGCCAAUCUGCUUAUGUAAGGACAACUAUGAGGCGGGACAAACGGGUUACGACAUCUAUCUCCCGAUACUUGGAGCAGGGCGCCCCAAUAUUUCUUGUAUGCCUGUUAGGACCUAUACUGUCCAUAUUGGGUGGUUUUGCAGAUGGAGAGCGGGUUAUGGUGGAACCGUUAGGUCCAUCGUGUUUUAUGCUAGAAGACUUUACCGGUAGCCGGCAGCAGCGGCUUGAAACGUUGCUGUAUGCACUG